CUAACCAUUCGUUUGCCGACACGUAAUGGACACGUCAUUUUAGCGAGAGAAACUCGCAGCGUCACCCGAAUUCACCUUAUUAUAAAUCGAAAAUUCAAGAAGAAAGCAUUAAUUGAAAGAGAAUAGGAAACCAUUAAAAAAUAAAAUAAAUUGAAUAAAAGAUGUGGAAAAUUAUAUUUUUCUUCAUUGGCAUUCUUUGCCUGUCAAGUGCGGAAGAAAAAAAAGACAUAGGCACCGUUAUUGGAAUUGAUUUGGGAACCACAUAUUCUUGCGUUGGCGUGUACAAAAAUGGACGAGUUGAAAUCAUUGCUAAUGACCAAGGAAACCGUAUUACUCCAUCUUACGUAGCAUUUACCGCCGAAGGUGAAAGAUUGAUCGGUGAUGCGGCAAAAAAUCAGCUUACGACUAAUCCGGAAAAUACAGUGUUUGACGCUAAACGUUUGAUUGGUCGUGAAUGGACAGAUUCCACGGUUCAAAAUGAUGUAAAGUUCUUCCCAUUUAAAGUUGUUGAGAAAAACAGUAAGCCACACAUUAGUGUUGAAACGAGUCAAGGAGCAAAAGUUUUUGCUCCAGAGGAGAUUUCCGCCAUGGUUUUGCUGAAGAUGAAAGAAACUGCAGAAGCCUACUUGGGAAAACAAGUUACACAUGCUGUGGUUACAGUACCUGCCUACUUUAACGAUGCCCAAAGACAAGCAACUAAGGAUGCCGGGGUUAUUGCUGGUUUAAAUGUUAUGCGUAUCAUUAAUGAACCUACUGCUGCCGCUAUUGCCUACGGUUUGGAUAAGAAAGACGGAGAAAAGAAUGUUUUGGUAUUCGAUCUUGGAGGUGGUACCUUUGAUGUGUCUCUUUUGACAAUUGACAACGGCGUUUUCGAAGUCGUAGCAACGAAUGGCGAUACACAUCUUGGAGGUGAAGAUUUCGAUCAAAGAGUAAUGGACCACUUUAUCAAACUGUAUAAAAAGAAAAAAGGAAAGGAUAUUCGCAAAGAUAACCGUGCUGUCCAAAAAUUACGCAGAGAAGUCGAAAAGGCAAAGAGAGCUUUGUCCGCGAAUCAUCAAGUCAAAAUUGAAAUUGAGUCGUUCUUUGAAGGAGAAGAUUUCUCAGAGUCAUUAACCAGAGCCAAAUUUGAAGAGCUCAACAUGGAUUUGUUCAGAUCAACGUUGAAGCCAGUGCAAAAAGUAUUGGAAGAUGCUGACAUGAACAAAAAAGAUGUAGAUGAAAUUGUUUUGGUUGGCGGUUCAACACGUAUUCCCAAGGUUCAACAAUUGGUAAAAGAAUUUUUCAACGGAAAGGAGCCCUCACGUGGCAUCAAUCCCGAUGAAGCUGUUGCAUACGGAGCUGCAGUGCAAGCUGGAGUUUUGUCCGGAGAGCAAGACACAGAUGCCAUUGUUUUGUUGGAUGUCAAUCCUCUUACUAUGGGAAUUGAAACCGUUGGAGGUGUAAUGACAAAACUAAUUCCUCGUAAUACCGUUAUUCCAACUAAAAAGUCGCAAAUUUUCUCCACUGCUUCGGAUAAUCAACACACAGUAACUAUCCAAGUCUACGAAGGUGAACGACCUAUGACCAAAGAUAAUCACUUGCUGGGCAAGUUUGAUCUCACUGGAAUUCCACCUGCGCCACGAGGCAUUCCUCAAAUUGAAGUCUCCUUUGAGAUUGAUGCUAACGGAAUUUUGCAAGUGUCGGCAGAAGAUAAGGGAACUGGAAAUAGAGAAAAGAUUGUCAUUACCAACGACCAAAACAGAUUGACGCCAGACGAUAUCGAUCGCAUGAUCAAAGAUGCUGAAAAGUUUGCGGACGAAGAUAAAAAACUAAAAGAACGUGUUGAAGCAAGGAAUGAAUUGGAAAGCUAUGCUUACAGUCUCAAGAAUCAAAUCAACGACAAAGAAAAGUUGGCAGCAAAAUUGACUGAUGAAGAAAAAACUACGAUGGAAGCUGCCGUUGAUGAGAAAAUCAAGUGGUUAGAAGAAAACCAAGAUACCGAUGCAUCUGCAUACAAGGAACAAAAGAAAGCUCUCGAAGACGUUGUCCAACCAAUUAUUGCCAAGCUGUAUCAAGGAGCUGGAGGAGCCCCACCACCAACUGAGAAUGAAGAUGACUUAAAAGAUGAACUAUAAUGUCGAUAAGUCUGUUAGUAAGAUCAAAAAAUUCAUUCGAAAAGACUCUGUGUAAUUCUUACGUUUCUUAUUUAUAAUUAAAAUAAUUAAUAAUAAUAAAAAACAAAAUA